AUGGGUUUUUUUUACUGUGGUUUUCAUAAACCAAAUAGGAAAAAUAUAAAAGAUAAACGAGCAAAGAUAUUAUAUGUAUUAGGUUUAUUCAUUUUACCAACUGUUAUGACAUUUAUAGGAGGUAAUUAUUAUAUUUUAAAUUUUUUUAUUGAUACAUUUAAACCAAUUGAAGUUCCAAGAGAAGUAGAUUUUGAAAUUAUAAAAAGUAUUUAUCACAAUAAAAAACCAAAGUCAAAAAGCUCAGAUUAUGAUGAAAACACUAAUUUAUAA